CAUGCGUACUAGUCUGGUGGUACAAAAUCCCACUGCCUCGCAAAUAAUGAAACAUGAGAAAACAUAAGAUCUUACACUUUUUUGAUCAUUCUUCAAUCUACCAAAAUGGCCGCACCUCCAGAGGUCAACCUAAAUCAGCUCGAUGGCAAAUUUAUGUUGGUAAUUUAAUCACUUCUUUAAUCAAUGGUAAUCUUGAUUGCUGACAUUAGAUUACACAUAUAGAACAAAAAACUCUCCGAUUCCUUUGAUGCUCUUCUGGCUCUGGUUGGUGAUUGAGGUACCAAUACAAUUGUUCAGAAGUUGACCGUGGAAUCAGCAAGGUGUCUCUUGGGCUGUCAGAAAAGCCGCUUCAUAUGCCACCCCUCGAUUGACGAUCAAAUCUGCUACACGCCUUGAAGACAGUAUGAUCUGUCUCGAAAUUCAUGCGGUGGUGAUCGGGAGUGGCUCAACAGACAAUGUCUCGCUCGACUGGUCCACAGUCGAUAAGACUGAUUCUUUGCUUGGGGAUUACAAGGCAAAGAUGGGGUGGUCAACAGCAGCGGAAUUAUCGGAGGAUGUGUUGAGAGAUGGAGUUCUAAAUGCAGGGGGCACCUUGGACGCGAAAUAUAUACGAAUAGUUAUAGAAAGCAGUCGUGACGGGAUGGUAGGCGAGCAUGUCUGGAGCUUUGAGUCAGUGGAUGGCGUGAGGCGGUAUGUGAGACGGCUCGCUGUGAGGAAAGGGGAGAAGGUGGUGAUGGCAAAGAGCGUAUAUGACUAUACUGGGAAGGUCUGAGGCAACAUGUUUCUUGGAGAAAUCUGAAAUGCGCUUUAUAUCAUCGCGUGAGUAAAAUUAAUUUAGGUUAUCUACUGAAGAAAUGUGGUCAACCCAAGAAGGGUAAGUGGU